GGGAUCUCGGCCACAGCUUCCAAAAGAAACUCCUCUGCAUAUAAAAAAAUUAAUAAGUAAAUGCUUAGAUGCAAAUCCCGAAGGGCGUCUUACUAUGCAACAAAUACAUAAAAAGUUGGAUAGUUGGAAGCAUAAAAUUCGGGAUAAUCCUUCUUCGAACGUUUACAAAGAAUUCCAAAUGGCCAAUGAAGAUUGGAAAAAGAAUUCUAGUUCAAAAAAAUUGAAUUUAACUAUUCAUGAAAAAGCUGUUUACAAAAGUCAAAUUUUAAAGUUUAAGGGUCUUUCAAAACCCAUAAAUGCUAUAAAUGGCAUGACUAAAAAUUCUUCAAUUAGUAGGGGGCGAUUAAAUG